AUGGUGCACUUAACCAAAAGUGAUUACUUGAGCAACAUGAGUAAUGCCAAUUACCUCUGUAAGAUGAACAAUAUACUUAAAGCUUAGGCUUGUAUUUAAGUAGCUGUCUGAACUUGGCUCACUGUCUGUUAUGUGCCUAACUCAGUUCCUACUUAAAAGGGCUAAAUGCCUAAACAUCUCUUAAAUUUAUCUGAUUAAGUAUAUAUUGAAUUGGCUGUAGGUAAGCACAUACUUAAAUUAGGCAUAUACUUAUGUACAUUACUGGACAAGGAUCUAAAUUAGAAUGCAGACACACCACUUCAGGAGCCAUUUCCACCAUUGGAUUUACUUGAUCCAUGUCUGUUGAUCCUGUAGAAACCUGCAUGAGUAUCCAGUGAAUUGCAAGAUGCUAGUUGUUCAGGAUAAGGUCUGGUUCAUUUAUCAUUUGAAAGCGUUUAAAUACUAAGAUUUUCAGAAGAACUAGUAUGUAAUUCUAUGCCUAAUUUGCAUGCACAGCUGCUGGAACUAUAUUCAAAAGCCUGUUAGUGAGCUACAUAAUAGGCAGGAUGUACAGCAAAGUACCUAAUACUCAUGAGCAGUCAGGCAGAUCAUGUACACCUCUUGUUGCAUGUCUAACUUCAAAAUGAGAUCUAUAAAGAGUGCUGAACAUUGUGAUGAUGACUCAGAUUCAUGCAUGGGUUUUGGUUUUUGGGGUUUUUUGUUUGUUUUUUUUAAGCCCUGGAAAUCGUUCUUGCACAGUUAAUAAUUAAGUGCUAAUAAUUUUCCUGUUUUUCUCCUUUUGAUAGCAAAAUCAAGUGGUUUGUUACAUGUUAAGGAACAAGGUGCCUCAAAAUUUAACAUAAAUGUAAAUAGGAAGCAUGAGAAAAAAUGGGUACUGUUGUUUUUAAUUUUCUAUUCCACCCAUGCUACAUACACAUUAAGUUUCAUUUAGAUUUGUUUUGUCUUUUGGUGACACUCAACUGUAACCCAGUCCUUGUUGCAGCUCUGUAGAACAGGUUUCCUUAUUUUCAUUUUUUUUAAAGUAGAUGUUUUCUGUGGGGUCUAUGGGAGCUUGUAUGGCUAAAGCAGCAUAGUAUUUUGAAACUUGCCUUGUAUUUUGCUUUCUGAUAAGAAUAUUUAUGUACUAAUUUUUAAACCCUGAAGGUGGGGGUUUUACAGUUUAAAUAUACAGUUUGAACCAAAGCAGUAAAAGCCACUGGUGCAGUGUUUGUAUAUACCUUGGCUUUUAAAACAGUGUUUAAAUAAAAGCAUUGACUUUAAUAAAGUACAUACCGAAGGGCUUAGUUGGAUAGCAUAUGUACAAUUAUGCCAGUAAUUUUGAAUAGAUCAUAGGUAUCUAGUAUAAUCAGGACUUUCCUGUAGUUUUUAGUGUUUGAUGUUUGUGCCAGUUUAAAUCCCUUUGCAUUUCAAAUUUAAUAUGUACAUAUAAUUGUAGUUGUAAUUGUUUAACUAUUAAAUCUUGAUUUUUGAAGAUUUGGGGUCAUUUAGCAGUCUGAUUGUGUCCAGUGUUGAAUGAAACUUCUGUUUAAUUCAGAUUAGCUGUUACGUAAACUUCUAGCAUGACAGGGGCAGUAUAACCUGGAUGAAAUAGUGGAAAAUUGGUAUUUUGGGAAAAUACAGCUUGCUUACCUGAUCAGUUGCAAUUUUUUUCAAUCUUAAUAAAUUUAAAUCUUAUUUAUCAGAGGUUUGGGUAAACUGAGGUGAACUAGAAUGUGAGACAGUAUCAGCUGAGUUUUUUUCUGCCCUUCCCUCUUCCACCUCCAACUUCACAUGUAAUACAUGUUGAGUGGAGUCACAGUAGUUUAGUAGUAUUUUUUUAUUGUUAUUUUAUUUUUACAUCCAAAGUAGGUAUCACCAGAGGAAUUAAAAAAUAAAAAUCUCAGACAACAAAAACAAACACAAACACAAAUUUCAGUUAGCACAUACUUUGUUUUUUCUUUUUCUUUUUGUUUUACUGGUUUGGUUAUUUGCCAUUUCUGGGGAUUAAACUUUAAAAAAUGUUCUUCUUUUCUGUAUCUGAUGUUCUGUGUGCUAUUAGUGAUGCAGCCAACACGAACGGUUGUCAUGUGUAAAACAACUUUCGAUCACCGCGAAAACACCGCCCUGGGAAAGCGUCCAUGCUUGAUAUCGUUUGGUUCAUGAACAUUAAGUUUCCAGUACAGGUAAAAUCCCAGACGAAGCCAAAGCCCUUUCCCUGUUGGCGCCUGCUCCUACUAUGACAAGUCUGAUGCCUGGUGCAGGGUUGCUUCCUAUACCUACACCAACUCCUUUGACUACACUUGGUGUUUCACUUGGCACUUUGGGGGCUAUACCAGCAGCAGCAUUGGACCCUAACAUUACGGCUCUGGGAGAAAUACCACAGCCACCAAUUAUGGGGAAUGUGGAUCCAUCCAAAAUUGAUGAAAUCAGGAGAACAGUCUAUGUUGGAAACUUGAAUUCACAGACUACAACAGCAGAUCAGCUGCUUGAAUUCUUUAAGCAAGUUGGAGAAGUCAAAUUUGUGCGAAUGGCAGGUGAUGAGACGCAACCAACAAGAUUUGCUUUUGUGGAGUUUGCAGACCAAAAUUCUGUACCUCGAGCUCUUGCCUUUAACGGAGUUAUGUUUGGAGACAGGCCACUGAAAAUAAAUCACUCCAAUAAUGCAAUAGUGAAGCCUCCUGAAAUGACACCACAAGCUGCUGCCAAGGAACUGGAAGAAGUGAUGAAGAGAGUCAGGGAAGCCCAGUCUUUCAUAUCUGCUGCUAUUGAGCCAGAGUCUGGAAAGAGCAGUGAAAGAAAAGGCGGCCGAUCUCGUUCCCAUUCUCGUUCAGAAUCCAGGUCUAGCUCAAAAUCCCGAUCUAGGAGGAAAAGAUCACACUCAAAACACAGAAGUAGAUCUGGCAACAGAUCAGUCUCAAGACACAAGGACAGACGCAGAUCCAGAAGUCCUGUGAAAAAACGUUCUAGAUCUAGGGAAAGGCGGAAAUCAAGAAGUCGCUCUCGUUCUCGGGACAAGAAAAGAGACAAAGAAAAGGUCAAGGAAAAAGAAAAAGUCAAAGAGAAAGAGAGGGACAGAGACAAGGAGAAAGACCGAGACAAAGAUAGAGAACGCGAUAAAGAGAGAAACAGGGAGAGAGAUAAAGAGAGAAACAAAGAUCGGGAGCGAGUCAAAGACAAGGAUAAGGACAAGGAUAAGGAGAAAGAUAAGGAGAAGGAAAAAGACAGGGAAGAAGUAGACCAGGACAAGGAAAAGGAAGAUACUGAGAAAGAAGGAGAGAAGGACAGAGAGAAGAUUAAGGACAAGGAGGGAGAUAAGGAAAAAGAGAGAGACAGAGAGAAAGAAAAAGAUGGGGAUAAGGAGAAAGAGCGAGAAAAAGAGAGAGAUGAUAAAAAGAAGAAAGAGAAGAGAUCCAGAACACCCCCAAGAAGCUAUAGUUCCUCAAGAAGAUCUCGUAGCUCAAGCAGAGGAAGGCGUAAAAGGAAGAGUAGAAGUCCCUCCAAGUCUCCUAAAUCAUCCAAAACAACCAAAAGAAAGUCUUCACGAACUCCUUCUCCAAGAAGAAGCAAGAAAGAAAAAAAGAGAGAGAGGGAUACAAAUAACGAAAGAAGAGAAAGAGAGCGCUCCACCUCCAAGAAAAAAAGUAGUAAAGAAAAAGAGGGAAAGGAGAAAUCUGACAAACGCACCAGUACCUUGAAGGACAAAGAUCACACUAAAGAGGAUCAGAAUUCAGAAACUGACAAGGAAGUAGACCGCAGAGAUACAGAAAGGACAGAUGAAGUCAAACUACAACAGAAUGGGAACUGUCAACCAAAUGAAGAAAACCUCUCAAUUAAAAUGGAAGAGGUUUAAAGCAAAGAGUGGGCAUUUGAUUCAACUAAGGAAUGAAAUCCAAAGCAUUUUCCCAGAAUGAGGAAGAAAAUAAAGCAAUCAACCUGAUCAUGUUGAUAGUACUAGUAGCUCUUUCAAUUGUUGUGAUAGCUUUGUUGUCUUCUUGCUGUAAAGCAAGAGAGCAUGGACCAGUAGUUAUACCAUGAAAAGGCAGAUGCCAUCAAAACUGUUCAUCUCUGAAAAUCCAUGUGUUCUCAUGAUGGCUGUACUUAAUUGUGAAAUGAUUUAUGUUAAGUUUUGCCAUAAGCAAACUUUCAGUAGAAACUGAAAGAUGUAAACCUGUACUACCCAAAAGAAGCUGAAGAUAUGCAUUGAAGUUUGUUUAAAAUUCUGCUUGUUGAUGAUUUUGUGUUGUUUUACCUUUGUGGGUUAAAAAUAUCCACAAAAACUUCAGUGUGUACUGUUUGAUGUGCUUGGAAAUGGUGCAUAAAUAUAUGCACUUUUUUCUGUUGUAAAUGACCCCAACAGAAAGGUGUUUAAAUAUAAACACAGUUUUACAGGUCUUCUGUUAAAUACCCACUGACCAGUAUGUUUUUCAGUUGCUUACUGCUUGAGAUUCUUGGGGUUUAUUAUUUGAAAGAAUUUCUUACUAGUAUCCCUAAAGUUAGUAUUUCUUUUAAAGUGUUUGAACAAUGCAUGUUACUUUUCUGUUCGUAAAAGGGACACUGUUAUGUUAUAGAUAAUAGGUCAGAUUACUGAGUUAUUUUGGGGUUGCUUUGUUGUUUUCUUUGUCCUUCCAGAAGUGAGCACUUCUGUAUCAUAUUAUCUGAAUUACAGCUUUUGUUUUUAGCCGUACUGCAGUGUGUACAGCUGCAAAUAGUACAGGUGCCAUUAUGAAAAUAAAAUUUUCUUAUUUGUUUUAAAAAAAGUGGGAGCACAAGCAGACGCUUUAGUGCCUUCUUAAAAUGUGGUAUUUUCUAGAAACAUACGUGUGCUGUUACUCAUUUUCAACUAAAUCUUACAUGAUCUCUAUUGCUGUUUUGCCACCACUUUCCUGUAGACAAAAAUGCAAGUGAUUUGUCAGAAUGGUUGCUAUAUUCACUUGUUAAAAUACUGAAGUUCCAUUUUUCUUCUUUUUUUUUUUUUUUUUUUGAAGAACAGAUUUAUAGAUAAAAGCAAAAAUGCAGUUUGGGGACCACCACUGUACAAAAGUAGUAGCUUAA